AUGACCUCACGCAUCGACAAGACGAUUGCUCGGCAGCGCGAGAAAAUCGCCUCCGGUGCUUACUACGAAGCUCACCAACAACUCCGUGUCAUCGCUGCGCGAUACAUCAAACAAUCCAAUUAUGAGGCCGCUGCUGAAAUAUUGGCUGGCGGUGCGACCGCUCUUCUGAGAGCUGGAUCUCAACAGGGCGCUUCCGCAAGUGGAGGUGACUUGGCUAUUAUGUUGGUAGAUGAGGUGUACACUAAGGCGGGGUGGGGGAUUACUGGAGGAGACGAUGAUGCGGAGGGUCGAGCCCGAAAGAAGCGCUUAAUCGAGCUUCUUCGUGAAUUCCCUUCGGAAGAGCCCACGAGGAAGAGAUUCAUUCAGGAGAUGAUCGGCUGGAGCGGACGGUUCGGUCCUGUGGAGAGAGGAGAUGCGGAGCUGCACCAUGCGGCUGGUUCGGUAUAUGCUGAAGACAAUGAGCCAUAUGACGCCGAGAAGCAUCUCGUCCUUGGAACCUCCGAAUCUGCUGAAACACUCGCGAAGCUCGAGUACGAGUGGUACACGAACGACGAACCCCAUACGGCAGCUAUAUACGCCUCUCGUGCAGUCUUUCCUUACUUGUUAGUUGGUAACCUCCGGAACGCUAAUAAAGCCUUCCUUGUCUUCACCUCACGGCUCUCUUCCUCAAAUACAUCCCUCGGCGUACAAGAAGUCAGCAGCGCCAGCUCCGACGUUCGAGUUUUCCCGUCUCUGCCUUUGCUGAACUUCAUAAGCAUGCUGCUUCUCACUAUUCAGCGAGGCAGCGCAGACCUUUUCAAGCAGUUGACUGCCCAUUAUGCAUCGCAGAUCCGAGAAGUAGGGAUCUGGGAUGAUGCUUUGUCACAGAUAGGCGAGCAAUACUUCGCGAUCAAGGUUCCGAGACAAGGUAACCCACUUCUGGACAUGAUGGGCAGUAUGCUGUUCGGAGGUCAGAACCAGGGCGGAAGUAGGAGAACACCCCAGGGACGGAGUCAGUCGAAGACCGUGGAGGCGCCGCCGGCCAGCAUGGAGCUCGAUUAG